AUGCUUGAUUUCGACGGUAUGUGUGGCCGCCAGAAGCCUUCCGUCAGCGCCGUCGUUUUCCCCUUUGGCGGACGCCAGAAUAUGAAGGUGUACUGGGGUGUCGAGGAGAUCUUUAUCCCGGUGUAUCCUACAAUCCGUGCCGCACUCGACGAGAACCAGGAUGUGAGCUUUAUGAUCAACUUUGCGUCGUUUCGUUCGGCGUAUGACUCAACCAUGGAGGCCCUGCAGUAUCCGACUCGGCUUAGAACCAUUGCCAUCAUCGCUGAGGGUAUGCCAGAACGACAAACCAGGGAAAUCAUCUCGAUGGCGGAGGUAUGCCUUAGACUUAGGGACCAGUAGUCGUUCAUCCUCUCUCAAUACAUAGUCCAUUCAUCUCAAUGUAAAAUACAUUUUGAACAAAUCACAAAUUGCACGACUAGACAUCUCCCAAACUUCAGUACAUGAUACGACUACACUCUCAGGAUGCUUUUGACUGAAGGCCAGAAAUGACCCUUCACCUUAUAUCACAAAAUCCUCCUCUACCAGUCCAAAUGCGUCUCCAUUAUCGGACCUGCUACGGUGGGCGGCAUUAAGCCAGGCUGCUUCCGUAUCGGAAACACCGGUGGUGCCAUUGAGAACAUCAUCAUGUCGAAACUCUAUCGUCCGGGAUCCGUCGCCUACGUCUCGCGCUCUGGCGGCAUGAGUAACGAGUUGAACAACAUCAUCUGCCGUAACACAGAUGGCGUUGCUGAAGGUGUUGUUAUGCUGCUGAACUGAUAUGUCGACUGUAGCAUAAACAUAUACAAUAAACGUCCAAACAAAGACGGCUAAACAAAGACGGCUUAGUAAUGUGAAAUUGGUCUGACGUGUGACUCUCACCUACAUUCUUUCUCAUAGAAAUCUUGCACUACAACUUUUACUACUAGUGAGUUAAAUCUACCCAUUUAAAAAGUAAAACUACCUGACCAGCACCCACACACUCCUUCGCUCUAGAGUUAAGUCUACCCAUUAUUUAAGAAGUAGAACUACUUCUUGAGGAGCACACACUCGACGUUCGCUCUAAUCUCUCCGUCGGCGGCGAUCGUUAUCCGGGUACCAGAUUCCUCGACCAUAUUCUCCGCUACCAGCGCAACCCGAACGUCAAGAUGAUUGUCCUACUUUUAAGGGUUCCCACAUUACAUCCUUCACUAGCAUCCCUGACUCUUUUUUCAGUAGGAAAUGAGUCAGGAAUGUUGUUCUUCUGAGGAAUAUUAUAUUUCCGUAACCUCUAAUACUUGGUGAAGUCGGCGGUCUGGACGAAUAUGAGGUGUUGGAUGCCGUGAAGGAUGGUCGCGUCACAAAGCCGAUUGUGGCUUGGUGUGUGGGAACUUGCGCAGCCGCUUUCGGAGAAGAGAUGCAGUUCGGGCAUGCUGGUGCGCAGUCCAGAAGCGACAAGGAAACGGCUAAGGUAUACACCAUAAUUAGGGAGGUUUAUACAGCAUAAUGAGAGGUUUAGAAAGGUUUAGAAAGGUUUAGGAAUAGCAUAAUGUUGAGAGGAUUAGGUAAUGAGAUGUUAUUAGCGAGGUUUAGAAAGGUCUAGAAAGGUUUAGAAAUAGCAUAAUGAGAUGUUAUUAGGGAGGUUUAGAAAUAGCAUAAUGAGAGGUUUAGAAAGGUCUAGAAACGUCUAGAAAGGUUUAUAGGAAUAAGAAUUGCGGUACAGCAGAAUGAGAGGUUUAGAAAUAAAAAUUGGAAUGGUACAGAAAAAUUAGGGCUUCGAUAAGAAAUUGGAAUGUUGAGUUUCGAAAAUCUAAGGAGAGUGUUUAGUCUAUUCGUAGAAGUUCUUAGUAAUUUGACUAGCCUUACUAAUCGCCUGUGAUCUAUUUCUGUUCACCAGCAAGGUGCUGACUGGCAUGUCGCUUAGACAUAGCUUCACAAAAGAUAAAUAUGUCUAAAUAGAUGAUACCUGCUCUGUGAAUCAUACAAAGACUUUGACCAAACGCCCACACCAGGCCAAGAACCACGCAUUGGGUCAGCAUGAAUUGAUCACGGUCCCAUCGUCCUUCGACUCUCUCGGAGAGAAGGUGCAGGCUGUCUUCAACAAGCUGGUCCAACAGGGUGUUAUCAAGCGCUUCCCAGAACCAGAAGUGCCGACAGUGCCGAAAGACUUCAAGACUCUGCAGAAACUAGGUGUAGUACGACCACAACCUGCCAAUAUGGUCUGCAGCAUCUCCGAUGAUCGUGGGGAUGAGGUGACUUACUCUGGCAUGAAGCUGUCCAGUGUCAUGUUAUGUCUGCUGACGAUAUUGGUAUAGAUAAUUGGUAGUCUUAGUGUAGUCGAUCGUUUUUCAUUAUCAGGACAAGGAAAUGACUCUACUAGAUUAGAAGUUGCCAUCAUGAUAUUCUAGAAUAUCAUACCUGUAGAUUCUAGAAUACUACACAUAGACAGGUCAUAUUCACAACAAAAAGAAAUGAAGCGAGACCCGCUCAAAUCUGCAAUCUAAAGUGCAUCUGGAUAAGAAAGUACAACUGUUUUCUUCCGUUCUCUAAUCCUCGAGAUGGACAAGGGCAUAGGUUCCGUGCUCAGUCUUCUCUGGUUUAAGCGCAACCUGCCUCGUGAAUGCUGUAAAUUUCUGGAAAUGAUCCUUAUGGUCUGUGCCGAUCACGGUCCAGCAGUGAGUGGAGCCCACAAUGUUAAGGCUUGUGCCGCCACUGAGUUCAUCUUGAAUAAGACGCAAGUCUUUGACCGUUUCUUUCACAGGAGAAAACACGUCAAAGACGACUUUCAAAGAAAUUGAAUUUUUUUUGAGUUUCAGAGCUCUAACCAAGCGAUUGUCUGUUCCAGAGCAGGCAAGGACGUAGUUGACUCCCUGUGCUCAGGCUUGCUCACCAUUGGACCUAGGUUUGGAGGGGCGUUGGACGCCGCGGCAAAGAGCUUCUCCAAGGCCUUCGACCAAGGCUUGGCGCCAAGGGAAUAUGUGGCGGAUAUGAAGAAGAAGUUAUGGUAAAGAACUAUAAUGUAGUAGGAAUUCUUAGUGUAAAAUUUCAAUAAUCAUCUCCCCUCCAUAAUAGAAGGAUAGUGUUGUAAGGAUGGACAUUUGGAUUGAUUAUAUUCCAAUCUCAACAUCAUAAUCAUCUUUCGUAUCACAUGAUUCUCUCGUGUAAGGUGAUUGCUUUCCUCUCUGCCUCUGCUGUUCCCCCCCUCUAAUCCCCAACGAGUUGAUCAUGGGUAUCGGCCACCGAAUCAAGAGCAAGCACAACCCGGACAAGCGCGUCGAAAUCUUGAAGGAGUACGCUAUGAACCAUUGGUCAUCAGCGGAUGCCGACAAGAGCGUUUUGGGGUACCUCUGAUCUAUAUGAUGGCCCUCAAUUAGAACUACUAUCUUCCCUACUACCCAUGCUAUCUAUCACUACUUCUUACGUCAAAAAAGUAAUAGUUGUAAGAGAAUAAGUAAGAGGAUGAGAUAGAAGAACGAUCAGGAGUAUCGGUGGAAUGUAUAUGGGGCUGGUGAGAUAAUCAAGACCUAUAAUCACUACUUACGUUCGGGAAAAUGAUCCACGCCCCCGACGUCUUACGUUGAAAAACCGCAAAUGACUGAAUCACCUCCAUCUCCUAGUUACGCACUCGGUGUCGAGGAUGUAACAAUCACGAAGAAAGCCAAUUUGAUCCUGAACGUGGAUGGAUGCAUUGCAGCAGCGUUCGUGGAUAUGCUGCGUGGGUGCGGAGCCUUCUCCCGCGAAGAGACGGAACAGCUGGUGGACGCUGGAUGCUUGAAUGGUCUGUUCGUGCUGUCCCGAUCGAUCGGUCUCAUCGGACACGUUCUUGUUAUGGUGAAGGAAACAUUUUGAUGAAUAUUUACAUAUGGGCACGUUCUUGUUAUGGUGAAGGAAACAUUUUGCUUUUUCCUAGCGAUAUUUAUACUAAAGGACAAGGAACCCACUUAGUGAUACAUAGUGGAGUUGUUCAUCUUUGACUAUCUUCUUUCAUUUAGUGCUGAGAAAGUUGUAUUCCUGAAGCACCGGCAUCUCAUUAGUGUCUUCCCUUUGGAGAAUGCUGUCGAAGAAAAUCUGGAAUACCACAGUUCCUCUAUGGAAAGACCCUCCUCUUGCUUCUAACCUCUACCAGAAGAAGAACAACCAAGGAUUGUAUCGCCAUCCGUUCUCCGACAUCGCUUACAUCGAGGACCGACCAGAGAAUGUUGAUGGCCGCGGUCGCGCUAGUGGCUCAAUGACGCCGAAUGUGUAAGAAGUAGCCUUUUCUUGCGAACUUCUACACAUUCGAAUCUAGGUGUAAAGGUUCGAAGAUGACUGCGAAUAUGUAACAAGUAGGGUCCUCUUUGGAGGACGUUUUGCUCGGGCGUCAUUCGUUGUGAUAUAAAGACUUGGACUAAACUUAGACUUACUUUUUAACUUUGUUUUCAGACACGCACCUAGAUCUACCUAGACACGAGAAAAAGAUCCCUGCAGUUUUCAGACAACUUCGCAGGAUUGUCUUUUUCAAGGACCUUUUGUGAUUCGAUUUUACUCGUAUUUCUGUCAUAACACGCUGUUCUCCAUCGAUAAAAUUAACCUUCAGUUAGAAUUGACCCACGGCGAGGCCGAGGAGCCUAGUAAGCGUUAUAACGCGUCGUCGUAUUUCCGUGUAUGAGAAAUGCGAGGCAACUAGGAAUUAUCUUGUGCCAAUCUUGUGCCUCUUUUAUAGUAUUUUGUGGGUGUGCAGCUAGUCUUGCAAUAUUAGUUGCAUCUUUUUCAGUGGGUUUUCCAUAUUGACAUUGGACGUGCUAGGUUUCUGAAUCAUGAUGGAAAAGUAUAGAUCUUUCCGUCGCAAAAUGGGCUUAUAGCAAACACCUAGAUCAUUCUUUCAAUUUCCAGCAUCCAAUCUUUCCCUCUUUUUUCCAAGGAAUGGAGGACAUACUCCUGACAUUGUACAGAUGAAGCGUCAGAACAAGUGUCCUAGGAAAAUAUGCAGUUUUCGUGUAAAAAAGACUCUUAUCCUAUAUAUAGUUUCUGACCUAGAGCAUCGUUAGGGCUAUGAUUUAACAGCAAUUAGACAAUCCUUUCUACCCGGUCUCGAUCUAACUGAAGCUGUGUAUUUUAUAGUAGUUAACUAAGUUACACUGUGACUGUGUAACUUGCACACAUGUUGAGUUAGGGUUGAUCACGACGUUGAUAAAUAGACUCUUCAGUUUCACCUUUGUUGGUACGUUUUGUCAUUCUGAAGUCUAUGUUAGUAAGGACAAGAGGACAAGACGUGUAGUAGGAACAGGGCCGAUGCAUCAGUCUAAAUAGUUCUAGGAUAGGGCAACAGUCUUGGACCCUUGCUGUCAAUUUUAUAGUUUUUCUUUUUCAAGUUGCAUGUAACACCUAAGACAAUUAUCGCUCCACCACAUUGAUGAGUACGCCCUACUUACUGGCCCUUCUUUUUCCAUGUUUUCUCAACAUGCCUUAUCCAUACUAGUUUUCUACACCAGUGUUUGUCUGCGAAGCCAAUAAUCAUGUCAUAGAAGAUGCUCUCUCAUAGUGAAUCUUGACACUCCCACAGUCCCACCUCUUGAACAUUUUGUUCAUUUUGUUCUAUGACAUCUCCAUACGGUUUGAGUUCUGUGAGAUUUUUCCCUGUUGUACUCUCAAAAUCUCCUAGACAACAAUGACUUCUCAUAUUUUCAUUGGUUUGUGGGAGGUAUGCUGGGUGCGCUGGGCCUUUGGCCGAAGACUUUGAAAUUGAAAAAAAAAAUGACGCGCCAACUUUCGUUCGGGAGAAGCACAACCUCGAUCUCCUUUAUUCGCGGCAAGGGGACAGAGAGUUGUCAAAAAGUUGUGAACUUCUUCUACCUGCAUUAAAUAUUAUUUUAUAACAGAGCAGUCGUUUUCCUAAUCCUGCAUACUUUUGUAACCCUGGUGUGGUCUCGAGGAGUCAAUCCUUCUCACGUGUGUGAUAAAAGAGAAACUAUCAUUCUUCCCCACAAAAUUGUCGUUAAGAAGAUGAACGAAGUUCUGGUAGUAUGUAGUCUUCAAUUUUUGGGAAGAGAAUAUGUCGGAAUACACAGGCUCCAGAGAC